UGUAACACUAAAGCACAACAAACAAACAAUACCUCUUUUCACCUCCUAACAAACACAACCUGAAAUUACUCCACUGAACAUCCCGUCUCCGCUCAUUCAAAACAAAAGUACGGCUGCUUGAUGUAUUGAUUUCACUCUUUGGGCCGAUAUGCAAACUUCCGAUGAGGGGAAAGUGGAAAGAAUGAAUGAAAUACCUAAUUCCACUUCAUUCUUACAAAGUACACAAACAGACGAUGAGCAAUCUGACAAAUUAGAUCAAUCGACAAACGUUGCAUCUCAAACUCACAUUCCCGAAGAAACUUCUACCACAAUCGAAGACAUUGAUUCUCAAAAUCAAGCCAAUCUUGACGCCGCAUCUCAAUCAGCAAAAGAUGAUGCUGAAGAGAUCAUUAAGAUUCCAAACACCAUCCCACCUUCAAAUGAGGUUGUAGCAGCAAUCAACGUCGACGAAAAAUCGGAUAGUGGACCAGGUAAAACAGAUAGCAAAGAUACAACAGGGUCCAGUGAAAACGUCGCCGAUGAUCAAGAGACGGGAAAAGAUGACAAAGAGACACAUGACGAAAUUAUGCAGGUGGAUGUAAGAGAAGGAAGCACUGAUAUACCAGCAGAGCCUAUUGCUGAGAAGGACUCAAAAGAAGUAGAAAAGGUAGAGAAAUCAACCGAUGCGGAGGUUGACCAACAAAUGCUCGAUGGAACGACAACAAUGCAUGAUGAAGCCGAAAUUGCAACAACCUCGAACAAGGAUGCUUCUACUCUAGGUGAAGCAGCUGCAACAGAGGGAGAAAUGAUCACAUCCACUGAAAAAUCUUUAGACGACGGACAAAGCGAGCAAGCAAAUGACAAUUUUGCGACUGUGGUACCUAAAGAUGAAACAAUUGACGCAAAGGAAGGCGAGGUUCCUUCUCCACAACAUCAGCAUGCAGAAGAGGAGGUGCAAGAGCUCAGCCCAGCUGCAGCAGAUGAUGCAUAUACGGAGAAUGCUCUUCCAGAAAAUGACAAGAAAAAUCUCAACAGUGACUCGAUCGUAGAGAAGACGGUAGAUGAUCAGCAGACGGAAAAGACAGCAUCCCAGAUUGACAUUCCUGAAGUACAAACAGAGCCAUCUGAUGAAAGUGCAAAAGUAGCCGGAGACGCUGAUUCCAUUUCUUCACAACAACAAUCACAGGCAGCUGCCACCGAACCAUCUGAUGAAGGUAAAGGAAUAAUGAAAGGCGUUGGUUCUGCUACAAUUCAACAACAAUCGCAAAGCGCUGCUACCGAACCAUCUGAAGUAGAAGCAACUGAAUCAGCUCUUCCAGCAAAUCCUCCGAAUAGCGAGCCAGCAGCUUCACAGGCAGAUGAGAACGCAACAAUAGUUGAUUCAAAAGCAGAGGCUGAGAGCGAUGAUGCUUUAAAGAUUGCAAAUCAUGAUGUUCAAUCAGCCGCAAACAAUGCAGAUGCAGCACAAUCGGAAGAUGCAUCUCAAGAUCCUACAGCUGUUACACAAAUCGCAAUUCUUCUCAAAAUUAACAAAGAGCUCAUACGACUUUGUAUCGAUUUGCAAGGUAAAGAACAGACUAAUGACCCUAUCUACAAAGAAUCUGCUAUGCGUCUUCAAGCCAAUUUAGCGUUCUUAGCAGCCAUGGCUGAACCAUCAUCGAGCAAAGGUUCAAAGCAGACGAACGCGAUGUUAAACGAUGAGCCUUUUCCCAUUACCAGUAUGACCUCGGGAACACUUUUGCCGAAACUUUAUGCACACCUUCGAUCGAUUUCCACAGAACCAAAAGAUUCUUCAAAAGAAGCAGAACAGAGUCGGGAGCCGCCAACUCAAGAUGCCAACGUUUCAGAAGAUGUCAUGCAAAAAUCAAGUGACCAAUCUUCAUCUUCUUCGUCGCCCAACACAGCAGGUUCAAAGAAGAGAAGACGAACUUCUACUUCUGAGCAAGACGCUCAAUCAAAUCGUACAGCUCCCGGUAGAAGUGCUUCUUCAAAUGGGACCAAGCCAACUAACAGACGAAAGAGUAGUACAAGUGCCAAUGCUAUUGCAACAUCAGCGGCAUCAACACCAACUCUAGCAAUGCCACAAGCUGUUCCUGCUGCUUCAUCUGCUGCUGCUACAGAUAUGGCUGCACAUUCGCCUAAUCUGCCGCUGCCCAACGGAUCUGCAACCGGUUCCAACGGCUCUCCUGCGCAAGGUCCAUCAACAAUUUCACCACAAUCACAUGGUGCACGAAAUGGAAAUCCGACACCGCAACAGCUUCAAGGUCUUAUCCAAGCGUUUGGUCAAAAUGCUGUGAACAAUCUGAAUGCGUUGCAAUCUCAUUACCGUUCCGGUCAACCACAAGCAGUUGUUGCAUACAUGGAAUCCAACGUUCCGAAUUUCCGUAAUUUGCCUCUUCAAUUGCAAUUACAACAGAUGGCUUCUGUUCAAAAUGCAGCCAUUCAAAGACAAAGGCAAGCAUCCAUUGGUUCGACAAUUUCAAAUAAUGCUGCUUCACCUGGAGCACCCGGAACUCCACAGCAACAACAAUCUGGACCAUCUCAUCAAAGACGUCCAUCUGCUGCCGCCGCUCCUAGUCCUGGCGGCGAUCAACUUCGAAGGAGUACGCAAAGUCCAAUGUCAGCUCCCAACGUUCCGCCUUUUUCUCAACAAGCGACAGUGAAUGGAAUUGGGCAGCAACAACAGCAAGCGCCUGGAACACCUGUAAAUAUGUCAAUGCCAUUCGGAAAUGUUGCUUCGCCUGCUACAUCUGCUGCCAGUCCUGGCACAUUCGGACAAAAUCAAUCGAUGCAACAAUUUCAGCAACAACAAUCUGGUGGUGGCAUGAACAGUCAGAUGGGUGGUUCAAUCCAAAGAGGCAAUCCGGGAGCUAGCCAACAACAGCCCAACUUCAAUAUCCCUGCACAACAACAGCAGCAGCCCAACGUGCCUGCCACAUCUCAAGCACAACAAAUGUUUGCCUCUUUGCCACCCCAAUUGUCUAGCUUACCGGCUCAUCUGCAACAACAAUUGCUGCAGAAUCUUAUGAUGCAGCAACAACACCAACAGCCAGCACAAAUGACCAGUCAGCCUAUGGCACCUCCUGCCGGCAUGAACCCAAUGAUGGCGGCUAUGUUUGGACAGGCUCAACAUCAACAACAAUCUUCACCCUCCGGAAAUUUUCGUCCGGGUAACGUUGGCUUGAGUGGUAAUGCAGGUCAGGCAAACGGAAUGCCUAAUUUGGCCAAUAUGUGGGCGAAUAUGCAACAACAACAACAACAGAACAAUACCCAGUAGAUUUGAUAAAAGUGUACAUCUAAACUUUGUGUAUGAGAAUGUCUUGUAUUUUAAUGUGUAUACUGUUUUAUUCUGCAAAUGAAUAAGGAGAAGAAAGAGCUGGUCAACAACUUGGUU